UAAAGUUGUUAGUCGCGUCACAGAGCUGCGCCGGCACGUUUACAAACGGAGUAAUCUGCCUUAACCACUAAAAAUGGCUCGAAAUGCAGAAAAGGCCAUGACGGCCUUGGCCAGAUUUCGUCAAGCACAACUUGAAGAAGGAAAAGUCAAGGAAAGACGACCAUUUCUUGCCUCAGAAUGUAAUGAGCUUCCAAAAGCAGAGAAGUGGCGACGACAGAUCAUCAGUGAAAUUUCCAAGAAAGUAGCACAGAUUCAAAAUGCUGGUUUGGGUGAGUUUAAGAUCCGUGAUUUGAAUGAUGAAAUCAACAAGCUUCUUCGAGAGAAAGGUCACUGGGAGGUUCGGAUCAAGGAACUGGGAGGACCUGACUAUGCGAGAGUAGGACCAAAGAUGCUUGAUCAUGAGGGCAAAGAGGUGCCAGGAAACAGAGGUUACAAGUAUUUUGGUGCUGCAAAAGACCUUCCUGGAGUAAGAGAGCUGUUUGAAAAAGAACCUGCUCCACCCCCCAGAAAAACACGGGCAGAGCUGAUGAAGGACAUCGAUGCUGAGUAUUACGGCUACCGAGACGAAGACGAUGGGGUUUUAGUGCCCUUGGAGCAGGAAUAUGAGAAACAAGUGAUAGCGGAAGCAAUUGAGAAAUGGAAGGAAGAAAAAGAGGCACGAUUAGCCGGGGUUGGAGGAACCAAAGAGGUGGAGGAGGAGGAAGAAUACAUCUAUGCCAUCAAAGAUGAUGAGCACUCUGAUGAUGAGAUGAGAGAACAGAUGGAGGGUGAAGACGGAGCACAGACAUUUAUCGCACAUGUCCCUGUGCCAUCACAGAAAGAGAUUGAAGAAGCCUUGGUCAGAAGAAAGAAGAUGGAGCUGUUGCAGAAGUACGCCAGCGAGAGCCUGAUGGCACAGAGUGAAGAGGCGAAGGCACUGCUGGGCUUGUAGUGUUCAGUUGUUUCAGUAGAUCAUGUUGGUAUUUGGCAGUCUGAAAUGAUCAGCAGGCCAUUGAAAUCACUGACAUUGAAAUCUAUUGAGGAGUUGGUUCUGAAGGUCACAAAGGUUGAAUGAAUGGAAUAAAGUGGAAUUCGUAUCUGCCAACUCUGCCAACAAAUGAGUUCUAACAUUAGUUGGCAGAGUAUAGAUAAACCAACGAGAACUAAUAGCAUCCUACAAUGUACUGGGGAUAUCAUGAUAGAUGAUGCUCACAUUAUAGUUAUUUGCAAAGGUUAAGGCACCACUGGUCAAAUUACAAGUUCUUAUAUAAUACAGGGAAUAUUGAAGCUUAAAUAUUGUGUGUGUAAAUGCAAUGGCUUUAUGUUUUUUGUAAUGUAUUUUCAAAAGCAUUCAAUCUAGAAAAUGCAAUUUAUUCAAAUUGAUUGACAAUGGGUGCAACAGCUUUUGCAUAAUACUAUGUUCAGUGGCUGUAAUGAACUGUAACUGUUUUCGCUCUGAAAAAUAAGGGUGCUUUAAAAAAUAUAUUUUUAUUUUUUGAGUGAUUCCACAGAGGUCCACUUUUGUUUUAAUAGUGAUAAAAUGAAAGUGUAAAUAUAGGAAUGUGAGAACAUUUAAAUUGGUAAAGAACCUUUAAGUGAAGAUUAUUUGAAUCUCUUAAAGGUUCUUCACACUGCAAAACUAAAAGUGGUUUCUCUAUGACAUUCCUCAAAGAACCCUUUCACCUCUAUUUUUAAGUGUACAUUGUUAGGAAGACGUUACAAUGUUUUGGGACUGGGCUGUGGAUUAUAGACCCACUGUGAGAUGACCAGCCAACAGUUCUGUUGUAAAUAUAUUUGUACAAUGCUCUCAUACUUUUUCUGGACCAGUAAAGAAUUUUCUAUAAAAUUA